AUGGAGCAAUAUCUCAUGACCUCCACUGUAGAAACGUUGUCACCCAAGCUUACUACUGAAAGUGAGAGAGGAGAUUCCACUGUAAAGAAGACUGUGCCUCCUACCGGAACCAAGAACCCUGCAGAAAUCAAAGAUGAUGGAAAUAAGGAGAAAACGACCGAAAAUGUUGAAGGCGAUAUAGCAAAUCUCGCCUUAUAUCUGCUUUUCGGUCUCCUGUUACUUCUACUCAUUUGUGCAAAUAUUGUGUUUUUCACACUGUGCCUUCUUUACAAGCGUAAAAAAGAAGAUGAAGAAUCGAAACGACUCUAA